AUGGCCGCGGCUCGCGGCGCAGACGGGGGCGUUGCGUCAACGGCGGAGGAGUGGAGGGGUGGAGGGGUCGGUCCGCGAGCUUCGUCGGAUUUGGUCGAGUUGAAUAGUAAUGGGGUUUUGUCCGAGACAGGCCUGGCCGAGUACGGCUUUCUUGGGACGAUCCUGGGUCCGGUCCGGUCUGGCAUGGCAUGGCACGCGGGCCUCGCCUCCAUGCAGCAGCAUGCGGGCGUGCAUGCAAGCAUGGAUGGGACGGAUGCGCCUCACUGCAUGUGGCUGCCAGUAAAUUUCGACGUGAAUGCGUGA